GCCCCUCGGUAGUCUUCUAGUUGAAUCCAGCACUGCCCGAUUGCUUAUGUGGAAUCUUCGUGCCAGAGCCUCGGAAUGCACAAUUUAUAUCCAAGGCUCUCCUAAGGAGCCGCCUCUCCUGUUUUCCUCACAGCAUACCAUGAGUAGCUUCACCUCAAGAAAAGGGUCUGGAAGAGGACCGCUGCUCUGCCACGUCCUCUGCGAUGUCCCCUUCAGCCCUCAACACGGGCGGCGGGGUGAGCCACCUCGGCAAUCCCUGUGUCUGUGUUGGAAUGGCUUUUAAAGAUGUUUUUAAAGCUUUUUUUAAAAAAAAGGUCUGUUCAAUGGAAAGCCCUGUGGACCUCUGUUUUACCGAAGAAGGAUGCAGUAGUAGCAUAGUUCUUGAAAAACAAGUUUUUAGAUCCAAAGUGCCAGAAUCACAUGUUCAGCUUGCUUGUAGCAUGCAUUACUGUGCUUUUCCUUUGAAUGGGAAUGAACUUUGUAUCUUGAAUACUACCGAUGAUCCUGACAACCAGCCAUUACACUUAAUAGGUCAUCAUCAUUCAAUUACUGCACUGGCAUUUGGGAGCAAAGUCAAUCCACUCCUCAUUUGCUCUGCUUCACGUGACUAUGUAAUAGUGUGGAAUCUGGAUGAAUGCAUGAAGAAGGUGCUACAAGGGUUAAUUCCACAAGGCACUGUUAUAGGAACACUUUUGGGAAUGGUGCUUUAUGUUCGAUUUAGUCCAGAUGAUGAGGCAGUAGCAGUAUGUGCUGGCCAUCGGAUAUACAUGCUAAAUGCAAAGUAUGAAGCCAUACUUGUUGAAUUGGAGGGUCACCUGGCUCCAGUGACUGCAGCUGAGUUCUGUACUUGGGAGAAAAAUAUACUUAUAUCAGUUUCUGAAGACAGAAGUUUUAAGGUGUGGGACUAUUCUACUGGACUGUUAAUAUAUCAAUCAGCAGUAAUAACAGCAUUUCCUCUUCUAAGUCUCUUCAUUGAUGAAGAAAAUAAACAGAUUAUCACUGGAUGUGCAGAUGGACAGCUUUGGAUCUUCAGCUUGAGUAGUGGGCAUCAGUAUCGCUGUGUGGUACACAUCAAUUUAAAGAAAGAAAGAGAGAAGUUUUACAACAAAAUGAGGAAAUCUGAACAAUUGGAUGAGAUUCAGAAUGCAUCUAAGAUGUAUACUUCAAAUGACUUAAGAGAAGGAGAAACAGUUGAAACUACCUUUCCAGUUCUCAGAAUUGAACACUGUGACAAAUCUAUAAAUGUAGGUGAUGAAGGACACAGUUUACCUGCUGUGAAUGCCCGAUGCUUGUGGAUAGGAAGCUCUACUGGUUUGUUUGUAAUUAACAUGGCAAAUUUUGAGUUGGAAGCUGUUUUACAUUAUAGAGAUUUCAGUGCACUCAGCAUUCAAUUUGCUGGAUCAUGUGCUUUAAUGAGGAAGGCAGUCAAUGGUAAGGUUUUCUGUUUGCUAACUUCAAUGUUUGAGAAUAUAAUUGCCUUACUGGAGGUUAAUGUUGCUGCCCUGUGGAGGUCCCAGCAGAGUGAGCUCCGUUUAAGUGGAAGGGAGAAAGGCCUUUCGGUUGUUGCCAGAUGCUCUCUUCUGCCAGCGUCUCCCUUGUGCCUGAAGGCAAAAACCAAACUUGUAAAUAAAAAAAGUAUAAAAAGCCCAAUAAAAGACCAACCAUUGGUCUUCCAUAAUAAAAUUAAGUCCUCAGGUUACACGUCAGCACCACGCAUGAACAUGUUUUGUCCAAAGACCAAUGCAAAGGAAAACAGUUCGGCAGUGAAGUGCAAGAGAAGUUCCAAAAGACGAAAUAAAGAAGAAUAUCCUCUUGCAAACUCUAAUCCAACCAAAUCUGAGAGACAGAUUAUCGUAGCUGAUAAGCCAACUUCUGUAUGCUGUAUUCAGUAUUCAGGUGAUGGAGAGUUGUUGGCUUGUGGCUUAGCUGACAAAACUUUAUUGGCAUUCAAUUCAAAUCUUAUGGGAACACCAACUGUUUAUUCAGGGCAUGAUGGUGCUCUUAACUCAGUUGGUUGGAGCCAUGACAACAACUGGCUUGUUUCAUCUUCUGAAGAUAGAACAUUAAGGAUCUGGUCAGUCAGCACUGCAGAACCUGCUUUAUGUCUGGGAAAGGAAAUGUUUCAUAAAUCCAUUCGAUCAGCACAGUUUUAUUAUAUAGAUACAUUUAUAUUGUUGUCUUGUGGAGCAGAGUUUCACUUGUUAAGCUACUACCUUGACACCAGCAAGGAUGAGAUAAAACGAUACAAAAAUAAAAGCAUUUGCAAAUCAGUACAGAAAUUCCCCAUGGCAUCUACAGUGGAAAUUACCAGCCUUUCAGCAGUAAAUGAAUUCUAUUCUUAUAUUGUACUGGCAGCUGGUAGUAACCGAGCACUAGAAGUAUUUGACCUCAAUGUGGGCUGUAGUGCAGCAGUGAUCACGGAUGUUCAUUCUCGAGCAGUUCACCAGAUUUGCCAAAAUAAGGGAUCUGCUUUUAGCAGUCAGCAAUAUGAAGCUUACAAUCUUUUCUUAACAACAGCCAUUGGUGAUGGCAUCAAGCUCUGGGAUUUGAGAACACUCAGGUGUGAGCGGCGUUACGAAGGCCAUAGUAGCCACUGUCACCCUUGCGGAAUUGCUGUUUCUCCUUGUGGACAAUUCAUUGCCUGUGGAUCUGAAGAUAAAUGUGCUUACAUAUAUGAGAUACAUUCAAGCACUUAUUCCCAUAAAUUGACAGGACACACAGAAUCUGUAAUCAAUGUUGCUUUUAAUCCUUCAUCUCCUCAGGUAUUGGAUGCUGCAAUAAAAUCAGGUGUUUCCAAGUGUGAUCCACAAGCCCCUCUUCAUUACUAUGCACCCAGUGACUGUAUACAGCUAAGAUCAGAAAUAACACUGAACCCAAUCGCCGUGCAACAGCUGAUAUGACUGGUUAGAGUAGUCCCAACAGCUUCUGGACCUGUGCUAAUUUGUAGAAGGAACAGUGUGUCACAGAUUUGCAAUUCCUGGCCAAGCUUAUGCAAGAAAUGAGCUUCCAUUUCCUGGCCAAGGGCUUGCACAACUGCUCUGACCAAUAGCAUUAGCCUUUACUAAUAUUGCAUAAUAGAGUGGCAUGUGGAAUCCCACAUAAUCCUGAGGCUAGCCACAGCUUGGCUGCCUAAACUGACCUGAUGGUGGGAAUGAGAAGAGCCACAUCAGCACAAGCUGGUUGCAUCACAACCAACCAUUUACCACCAUUCCUCCAACUUGCUGUUCGGCCCAUGGUCAAUAUUCCCAUUGUGCCUUACAUUUUGCUUUUCAUUAUCCUUAUGAGACAAAGAAAAAUACUUUUUGAUUAUUGUACUUGCUAAUAUACUACACACACAUAC